AGGCAAUUCAAAAGCAGAUACCGACAUCAUCAAACGACGCUGAAAGUGUAGACAACGCCCUACUUGAAUGCCUUGUCCAGUGUUAUAAUGAGGCAGAUCCCGUGGGAUACCCGCCGACAGAUACUAUCUAUCAUGGUUGAGAAAAUAAGCUACAAGACUCUUUGCAUGUGGAUCCCGGAUCUGAGUCGAUAUCGCUAUCAAAUCGCCAAAAAACACUCACUAAUUCAUGGUAAGGGAGUGCCUGUUCCAAGACCGUGUCAUACGAGAAUGCAUGUUCCUCAAGAAAAAUUGGACCAUUUUAUUUGCUUCAUAACGAGCCAGCAUAUCAUCCAGGAUUUGCCCUUUGGCGAGAAGAAGCUCACCCUGUCGUCUAAUGAAGUAAUCACAGUACCCAAUGUUAUCAGGUCGAUGGUUCCAGAACGCAUUGUCAAACAAUAUCAGCAGUAUUGUUCAGAAACCAAAUUUAGUCCGCUAAGUCAGAGCACUCUUCUUCGAAUUUUAGAAGUUUGUACAGCAUCGGUUCGAAAGUCCCUACAGGGCCUGGAUUAUAUUACGGCCUCUGGUGCGAAAGRCUUUGAUGACUUGAUGGAAGCAGUUGAAAAGCUAGGAGAUCUGGGCAUUGGUAUGUCUUGGGCCAAAGAGAAGAAACAGCAGUUGGCGUUGUGCAAGCGUUAUCUGAAAAGUGACUAUAAGGUCCACAUUUCUAUGUCAUCUGAUGUACCAGACCACUGUCGAAAAUACGCUCUAAGCGAUCCAACCGCGAAAGAUUACCAGUGUGCAUGUGAUCACAUCUAUGAUGGCCAUUGUGCACGUUGUGACCUCUUGACUUCAAUCAUUAACGAAAUCGAGAAAUCACCUGACAAGAUAUCUGGAACCCAAGAUGAAGUAGACGAUUUAACCUUCACCAUUGAACAAGCAAAGCACAGCAUUCUUGCUUGGAAGUCCCAUCUACUUCGUUCCAUUAACCAGGAGGACGCAAGGCUUGACUUGAUAGAUAAAUUAGAUGAUAAAUCAGUCUUUUUAGUCCAAGACUGGGCGAUGAAAUAUUUACCCAGAAGGUAUCGUGAAAGCCAAAGGGAUUGGUAUGGAAAACGUGGGAUACCCUGGCAUAUCACUGUGGCGUUCAGACGUGGGCAAAACAACGAGCUCGAGAUGACCACCAUUGUUCACAUUUUUCAAUCUUGUAGCCAAGAAAGUGAUGUAGUCUUGGUUAUCAUGGCCGAUGUAAUGAGGCAGCUAAAAGGCGUUAUGCCCAACCUCGAAUCAGUGUAUUUUAGAUCAGACAAUGCAGGGUGUUAUCACUCGGCAUUGACCAUCGCCAACGCAAAAACAGUCGGGGGAAAMUUUGGUGUCAAUGUUCGAUGGAUGGACUUUUCCGACCCACAGGGGGGGAAAGGAGCCUACGACAGAAAAGCAGCGACUAUAAAAUCCCACAUGCGUCUAUUCCUCAACGCAGGCAAUGACAUUGAAACUGCUGUCCAGAUGAAGAGAGCAAUUGAAUCUUCAGGUGGAGUUCCAAAUGUUAGUGUCACGCUUUCGGGUUUGCCAGAUACAUCAGCUCUUAAAACUUUCAAGUGGGCGGGAGUCAGUUAUGUCAAUAACAUUGAGUACGGUGAAAAUGAGCUGCGCAUUUGGAAAGCGUACAAUAUCGGAUCUGGAAACCUCAUUUCUUGGAAAAGGUUUGCCAAAAAUUGUAAAGCUGAAAUACCGACUCUUCCGGUAAUUGAGAGCAGUAUGGCCCAAAAGAUCCAGUUCGCAGCGCCGAGGUCUGGAAAGAAAGUCAGUGACACACCAACAGAUAACGACRAAGAAGAGUCGGACAGUGAGYUCCCAGUCAACCCUUCAUUUGACAAACUCUUCUGCUGCCCCGAAGAGGGGUGCAUGAAAUCCUUUCAAAGGUAUUCUAACUUACAGUAUCACCUUGAAUGUGGAAGGCAUAAGAAGGUGCUGGAGCAGGGAACCCUGCAAGACAAGGCUAUGAUUGAUUAUGCAAAUAAGCUCGAACAAGGUAGUACCAGGUUACAAGAAGUUGCUGUUGGUUCUUCGUACGAUAAAGAGGUCAGCUCCAAUCUACCGUCUCUACCGAAGGGUUGGGCCCUAAAAACCACGCGACGAGGAACGUUCACGGCCGCCCAAAACGAUUACCUUCUUAAGAAAUUUAACAUUGGUAGAGAUACUGGAAGAAAACAAGACCCGUCUACUGUUGCUAAGGAGAUGAGGCGCGCAAAAGAUGCUGAUGGUAAUCGCUUGUUCCCUAAUAGGAAGGACUUUCUAACAAGUCAGCAAAUAGCAAGUUUCUUUUCAAGAAUUGCUUCAAAAAGCAACGUUGGCUUGAUUGCAGAAGAAGCUGCAGAAGAAGAAGAAGAWGAUGAUGAUGAUGGCGACGAGGAUGAAGGUGUAUGCAGUGCUAGACAGGAAAAGACAUUGGAAGAGUUGAGAAUACUAGUAACAAAGGAAAUAGGCCUCAGUCAUCCUAUYAUGUAUGACACACAURAUAUUUGCGAACUCCUUUCCAAUGGGAAACUCAGUGCUAAGUUCAGCGUUUCUGCAUUACGAGAUGCGUGCUUUUACUUCGACCUUGAUGUUUCUGAAAUCAAAGCCAAGCGAAAGAAACCGUAUGUCGACAAGUUGCAGCAGUUGGUAGAAUCGUGUACCUGUUAUCAAGCAAAGUUAAUUAGAUGAAUUGAAAAGCUUAUAAACCUAAUUAUGAGUAUGACGAGUGUGUUUURUUUUGUUUUYUAUCAUUCACACAUCAGUUCUCCUAAUAAGGCAUACUCAAACAGCGUGGGCUACCUGUGUUGUCGCGGAUCUCUUGAGCUUUCAGUGGCAUGACUGGAUUAAGUUUAAAUCAAGAAGUAGAAAAAAAAGAAAGCAGGCGAGUGUCGAGGAAAAAAGGAAAAGACAGUCUGCUUGUUGUUAUGAAAAUAUCUAAUUCUGCGUGAGGCAAUUUUAUUGGGGACAAAAAAAAGGCAAAUUAAUUCAGUGUUUACCGGGACUCUGUGCCGCCUUCACAACAAUUUAGUGUAACGCAAGAUUCAAGCUUCAUGAUCUUGGAGGUAAACAAACAGUUCAGAAAUCUUCCAAAUAAUAACUCGAAGUUCUAUAAAUAAAAGAAAUACUUAAUAUUCAUCGAUUUCACUAUUUUUUAAGACGAUCUUUAAAGAUUUUUGAAAUAUCGUGGCGAAUUUCUAUCAUGUCACGCAAUAUACAACGACCCAAAAAAUUGCUAAACAGCUGAUCAGAAAGCUCCACAGCAGCUCAUUCAAAAUAAAUUGCCCAGCGAUUUKUCUGCAUAUUUUGGAAGAUUAUUGUCUUAUAAAGCCUACAAGACAGUUUUUGAGCAAUUUGGAGGAAGAGCACAUAUAAAACGUAAGCGAUUUUCGGACCCUAUGAUUCGUUUACAAGCAAUUUGGCGAUUAUAGCUUAAAUUUGUAAUUUUUUCCAGACGAAAAUAAAUAAAAUUAUKGAAGUAUUUCAAUGCCAAA